GAGGAGACUGAUUUCUAAUGGCACAGUGACCGCUGGAUUAAUCAAAAGAACUGAAGGAAUGGAAUAAACAAGUGGAGCGACACCGCGAGUAGUGUAAACCGAGUCUGCUGCUCUGUCAUCGACAAAGGAUUGUAUGAUUUACCGCUUGAUAUGGUUCUAUUGAGAAUGCGACUGAGAGUCUAGCUCUGUGUGAUUUGAGUGGUGUUGUCGGUGCGUGCACUUGUAGCCCGUGUUCGGUUAUUAACAUCAACCUUUGCUUUAUUAUUAUUGUCAUAUAGGUGAAUUUACGAAUAAAACAUGUUCCAUUGACGACGUUUUGUCAUCUGGCGUCAGACAAACACACGAACAAACAAGCGCCGACUAGGUUGAGAGCUAGCAAUAAGCUUUCUCGACGAGUGUUUUGAACUUAGCCAGCAAGCUAGUUAGCAUAUUAGCGUGCGCCCGGCCGUGGACAUUGUUCAGAGAUUCAGCGCUAAAGUGGAAUUAUCGACUCCUGGUUGUUAUUUGUGAAAGUGUCUAUUAGUUUUAUGUGGAAAUUACUCGGACGAGGUGCAGUUCCUCCUGAGAAACAGUCUGUCAACACGACAGUCCUUGUAGCCUGUAUUUACAACUCCACCAGAGACCACCAGUAGAAAUGCAUCACCCUGACUCUGCAGGAGAUUCAGCAAGCGCACGAAAAAUGGCGCAGCCUGCGAGUUGUCCCAGACGGACCUCUGGUUCUUCGUUGAUCGUUUCAUCUGGAGGUCCCAGCCUUACCAGCAACCUGAUGCCACAAGAAGACUUCAAGCCUGUCGCAUUGAUUCAGCCUCAGCCCCCAGCCCCGAUCUCGACCUCAACCUCACUUGCUCCUCAACAUCCUCUUCCUCCUCCACACAGCCUCAGCAUCCACUCCCAGUCCACGCUUCUGCCCACAGUUGUGCCCACAGCAGGGACACAGAUCAAAAAGAAGAGUGGCUUUCAGAUUACCAGCGUCACCUCGGCACAAAUCUCUGUCAGCACAAACAACAGCAUCACCGAGGACACGGAGAGCUGUGACGACCUGGACGAGUCCCACACAGAAGAUCUGUCCUCUUCCGAGAUCCUGGACAUGUCCUUAUCACGACCCAAUGAUGCGGCAGGACCUGAGAGGAGCUCGUCUGAAGAAACUCUAAACAACCUUUAUGAUGCUGAAACCCCAGGAGCUGUGUCACCAAAUCAACCACCAAUUCUCCAGUCUCAUGGGACUAUGGUUAACGGUGCCGUUCACCAUCACCACCAUGUCCAACAUCACCAGUUUCACUCCACUGCUUCUGGAAAUGCUCAGUCCAUCUCGACCACAUCAAGUGGUUCACAUGUUGGAAUCCUGCCCGGUGGUUCAGUGGUGUCCAGCAUCACAUCAAACCCUGGUGCUUUACCAAUUGUAGACCAGAAAAUGCCUUCAAAUGUUGGAGGAAUUGUGGAUAAUGCAACAGUCGGAACGACAAGUGUUAUUGGUCAGUCCUUGGUUGGUACUGCCCAAGUAGUGUCUACUAGAAUGGUUUCUGCUGCAUCUGUUGCCACAAAUAGUGUUGUUAAGCCCAUAUCAAGCAAUCCUCAUUUUUUGAACUCCAGUGUGCUUGGUUUGGGUGGCAUCACUACAAACAGUAGUGGUGUAGCUCCUUCUACUGGCUUGAAUAAUACAAGUAGAGUAAGUAGUGCUAUCACACUGACAACUGGCACCAAUGCCUCUGGGUCAACAAGUGUCAGUCACAUGGGCAUAACAGACAUAACCCAUCCUCCAACUGCUGUUUCUGUCUCCAGCACUCAACAAGCACCAGUGCCUGUUCCCCAUACAACCAGCUCACGCUUCAGAGUAGUUAAAUUGGACUCAACGUCAGAGCCAUUUAAGAAAGGAAGAUGGACAUGCACAGACUAUUAUGACAAAGAUGCUCCAGGUUCUGGGCCUUCUGAAAAUGCUCCCAGCACCCGAACGGUGGAGAGCAUUCGUCAUUUUGUACCAGACAGUGUGUUAAAUUCAGAGAGAUCUUUAGAGAGUUUUAGUGGUAGCUCUGUCAACAGCUCAAUUAGCACUCUAAGUCAUUACUCUGAAAGUGUAAGCAGUGGGGAUAUCGGCGGCACCACGGCUGUUCAGCAGAGCUUUCCACCUUCUAAUCAAAAGCCCGAUUACUCCAUCCCUGCAAAUGUUCCCAAGCCUCCGAUGCAGCGCCAGGAUAUGGUGCAUCCACAUUUAAAGUCUGCUCCUGCUGCACCAUUGCCGGCCUCCAAUCAGCAGCAGGCUUCAGUCAGCAUGGCAUCUUUGCAGACAACCGCUGGGCAUCCAUCUCCUGCAGUGCCCCCACAGCAGCUGACAUAUGCCCAAGCAGCACAGCUGACUCCGGCUCAGAGUUUGCCAGGGAUCUCUCCGCAGCAGAUGGCCUACCCGCCUCCCCCACAAUCAGCUGCACCAGCCCAAGUUGCCCCGGUGCAUGUCAACUCAAUAAGCCAAGGAGUCGCUCGUCCAUCUGACUUUACACAGCCUCAGCAAAUAAUCCAGGUUGCUACUUCAGGAUCAGCACAAACCAUAUCCCACCUGACAACCUCCAUGCCCCCUGUGGCCUUAACAGGUAAUGGUCAGGCAUUGCCAGCCUCAAAACCACCUGUAGCCAAUGUGCCUGCUGCUGUUGCUCAGUCAGUUUCUCAAGCUCUUCUACAGCCCCAGCAGACAUCAGCUCAAAUGGCCCAGGCCAAAUCUGGUGGGGCCAUUCCCUCACAGCUGUCUGUGGAGCAGCAGGUUUCUCUGAGCAGUCAAGGCAUAGGAGCCAAGUUCGUCCCUGCUGUUACUUCAAGUCUGCCCUCAUCUAGUAUGCCUCCCAACGCCCAGAGUGACCCCCAGGCUAGUCUGGCCCAGAAUGGAGCUAAGGAUGUUGGGGCACAGCCGGCUGUCAAUUCCUUGUAUGCCAACCUCCCCUCGCUGAUGGCCACACAGCUGGAGGAUGCUCAGCGCCUUCUUAUUCAGCACCAGUCCCUGAUUACACUUCCCAAGCUGGCAGCUAGUGACAGUGCCUCCCAAAGUGGCACCUCUGUGUCUUUGGAGGAGAGCGGUGGUUUAACUGCCUCAGCCAGUCUGCUGAAGAACUUGCCUGUUGAUGGAGAGGAUGAUAGUUCAUCUGGUGCAAGUGUUGUGGCCAUUGACAACAAAAUCGAACAAGCGAUGGAUCUUGUGAAAAGUCACUUGAUGUAUGCUGUUCGGGAGGAGGUGGAGGUGCUGAAAGAGCAGAUUAAAGAACUGAUAGAAAGAAACUCGCAGCUGGAGCAGGAAAACAACCUGCUGAAGAACCUAGCCAGUCCGGAGCAGCUGGCGCAGUUUCAAGCCCAAGUUCAGAGUGGCUCUCCACCAUCGUCAAUGCAGGGAGCACCACAAUCAGCUGCACCAGUGCAGCAGCUCUCUGCACAGAACUCUGGACCCGCUGUGUAACCGGUAACACACCGGUUCCCGGUGAAAGGGGAACGCAUGGCUAGCUGAACCGAGGCUGACUCCAAGUCACGGGAGGAUUCUAUCAAAGUUUGCACAUAUUUAACGUCUAAAAACUUGACAAUGCCUGUACUAAGAUGCUGUACACAAUGUUGACUGUCCAGCAUGUUGGAUAUUGCCAAACCCUGUGGACUGUGACUGUCAAGGAUAGAAAAAAUUAAGGUGGACACAAUUCACAAUCACUGUGCCUGUGUCUAAUGGAUUUUAAGCGAUGUCAUUUUUUUCACUUAUGACUAUGGCUUUGUAAUGGUGUUUCAAUGACUUGCGUACUUUUGUAGUGGAAAUGCUGACAGCAGUCUAUUUUUAGACUGCAACAUGCAAGCACUUUAAUGAUGACGAAUGUGAAAAUUCUUUGAUGAACAACUAAUCUGUGCACCAUCAGUUCUAAAAGUUUAUGAGAUUGUGGCCUAAAUAUUUGCAUUAGUGUCAUCAUUAUUCGUGGUGAAUGAAGGGAGUAACGUUGCGUAACAGAAGGUAAUGAAUUCUCAGUAUUUGACAUAAAAAUUCUUCAUCUAUCCAUUGCGAAUUUGCUACUGCUUACAGAGUGCAGUGGUUCUCUUGGUGAGCUGAGGAAAGAUCUGUUAAGCUGAGCUGAUUGAGUGAAAGUAGAAAGUCGCGCUCUUGUAUAUUCUUGUAUAUUUAGUGUAAGUAAUGUGUAAAAUAGUGAUAUUGUGAGAGACACUAAGAGACACUAUUUAGGUUGUAAACUAAAGAUGAGGUCUUCGGUUUGCUUGAGACAUUUGACUUUUUUUUAUGCUGUUGUACAAGGAUGGAGGUAUCAGUCUUAGGAUAUUUACAGGACAAAAGACAACUACUCAUCUUUCUGGCUGUGUUAACACCUACUGUAAACCUUAUUCACUUGAAGUUAUUUGAAGUAUGUUACACUUACGCGAUUUCUGGUUCUAUUUUUUUUUUUUUGCCAGUGAAGUACUCUGGAGAUCAAACUUUCAAACUUAGUUAUUCUGAAUAUCAUUAGGAUCUAAUAUGCAUUAUUACUGCAUUCUGUGUAGAAGUUGAAUGCUUAUGUUGUGUGCAUGUCCCCCAAAACCUGAGAAGGUGAAAAAUAGUUCCAACCGCUCUUCACAAUCCUCAAUAAAAUGUUCAAGGAACCUUGGCUGAGAACAGAA